AUGGUGUUAGGAGAAAAAGUUCAAAAAAAGAAGGAUGUUGAAGAUGUGAGGAACUUGGGAAAAGGAACUUGUGAUGACUAUUUUGGUAUGAGUGAACUUUGGAAUGAGCAAGGCAAGAUUGGUGUAGUCUUCAAUAUUGGCACAGUGGACAUCUCUAUUAAAGAGGAAAGCACACCUGUAAAUGAUGGGAAAUACCACGUGGUACGCUUUACCAGGAAUGGUGGCAAUGCCACACUACAGGUUGACAGCUGGCCAGUGAAUGAACACUACCCAACAGGCAACACUGAUAGUGAACGGUUCCAAAUGGUAAAACAGAAAAUCCCCUUCAAAUAUAACCGGCCCGUAGAGGAGUGGCUGCAGGAAAAAGGACGACAGUUAACGAUCUUCAACACCCAGGCGCAAAUAGCCAUAGGAGGGAAGGACAGAGGGCGUCUUUUCCAAGGCCAGCUCUCCGGUCUCUAUUACAAUGGCUUGAAAGUGCUGAACAUGGCAGCAGAGAACAACCCCAACAUUAAAAUCAAUGGAAGUGUCCGACUCGUUGGGGAAGUCCCUUCCAUCUUGGGAACAACACCUACAACCUCUGUGCCACCAGAAAUGUCUACUACAGUCAUGGAAACCACAACUACGAUGGCCACCACUACAACCCGAAAAAAUCGUUCACCACCCAGCAUCCAGCCUACAACAGAUGACAUUGUUUCAUCAGCUGAAUGUUCCAGUGAUGAUGAAGAUUUCAUUGACUGUGAGCCCAGUACAGGUAAGUCAGGUCAGUCUU